CACGAAGUCGAACUUCCAUCUUUUUUUGCAAGCCGCUGAGCUGCUGCCAUUCAUUACUAGGACUCGUUGAUACGAUCCUACACAGUCUUUUCCAACAAGUCGUCGUUCGAACCUCAUCUUCCGUCACUUCAUCAAACAGUCAUCAGACACCAUGAAGUCCACCUUCUUCUCUCUUCUGCCCAUCGCGGGUCUCGCUGUUGCUGAGUCCGUCUGCUCCCAGCAGACUGUCACCACCACCGCAACUGAAACAGUGUACGAGACUGCAAAGCCUGUGGAUGUUGCCGACGUCACCACCAGCAAGUCUGGCGCUUGCUCCUCCAGGAGCACUGUCUACACCACCACCUACGAGAAAGUCUACGUCACUGUCACUCCCGAUGCUGGCUCUGCUACUCCCGACGCCGUCGAGGAUGUCACAUCUACCAGCACUAAGGAAAUCUACACCACCGUCACCGUUCACCCAACCGGUGCUCCCUAUGGCAACGCCUCUACCUCUGCUCUCUUCAAGCCUGCAGGAUCUUCCGGCUCGCCCUCCUACCCUACCAUGAGCGUUCUCCCGACUACCAAGCUGGAGUAUAGCUCGCUUGCCUACACUCCGAUCCCCCAGAGUGAAGCAUCAAAGUCCUACGCUGCCGCUCAGUCAUCAAGCGCUGCCGCAGUGCCUGCCUCCGAGUCCAAGGCUCCAGCGCCCGCCGCAUCCCAAGCCGCAGCUCCCGCUGACAAGGCUGCUGUCUCAUCCGCCGGUUCCAAGCGUGGUGAAGCCACUUUCUAUGGUGGAAACACUGAAGGCGGCAUGUGCUCUUUCGUCGGGUACACCAUCCCCGCCGGCCUCUACGGCACCGCACUCUCCGACUCCAACUGGGACAAUGGUAACGCCUGCGGUGUCUGCGUCAGCGUGACCGGCCCCAACGGUAACAAAAUCACCGCCAUGGUCACCGACCAAUGCCCUGGCUGCGGCCCCAACCACCUCGACCUCUACCCUGACGGCUUCGCCGCGCUUGCCGAGCCCUCCAAGGGUAUAAUUGACGUUGACUGGACCCCCGUCCCCUGCGGCAUCACCAGCCCCAUUGUCCUCAAGAACAAGUCCGGCACCAGCAAAUUCUGGUUCAGCAUGCAAGUCAUGAACUCCAACGUUGCCGUUUCCAAGCUCGAAGUCUCCACCGACUCUGGCAAGACCUGGCAGGCAACUACCCGCAAGCCGUACAACUUCUUCGAGAACCCGGCUGGCUUUGGCGCGGACAGUGUCGAUGUCAAGAUUACGAGUGAGGGUGGUAAGGAGAUUGUUGUUAAGGGUGUCAGCAUUGCGGCGAACAGCAAGAAGACUGCUGGUGGCAACUUUGCUUAGAUUUGAGGUGCGGAAGCGGGGGUUUGGGUUCUAGUUGAUGGGCUUGUUGUCUUUGAUGACGGAUGAUUAUUUUUUUGAGCGAUACCCUUCUUGAUGCCUUGUUGAUUCGCUUCUAAAUAUCUUCGUGGUAUAAACCCUUUUUCGCAGCGUGGACUGCAUUUACCAUUUAAAUGAAUAAAAUGGUAUCAUCCAUGAACUCCUGAAGUAUUUGUUUGCUACAUUAUGCUUGAAUCUUUUCCAGGUUCUUGUUUGUCUAAGCUAGGGAACGACAUUAUACAUACG